AUGUCAGCGUCGUGUGGGAGCGACUUCGUGAAAUCUCGAGCUGGAUGGGAAUUUUGGAACUGGAUGUACACCGGCAGCGAUUUGAAGGGGAAAGUAGAAAGCAAUCCCGCUGGAGAUGAGCAAGCAAGUGUAGCAAGCAAGUAUAGCCAAGAUGAUAAAUUGGUAAGAAUUUCGAUUCAAUUCCCAGCAGCAGAGAUGGUGCAAGGUUUGCUUCGACGUGCACUUGGAGCGGUGAAAGACCAGGCCAGUAUUGGACUAGCCAGAGUGAGCAGCAGCAGAUCUCGGUAUGUUCCAGCUCUGGAAAUCGCAAUUGUGAAAGCCACUAGCCACGACGAACUGGUGAUGGUGGACGACAAGCAUAUCUUGGAGAUAGUCUACUUGAUGUCCUUCUCCAGAGGAUACGCCAGCGUCUGCGUCUCUCUACUCGCUAGAAGGCUGAGCAAAACGAAGAACUGGGUGGUGGCUUUGAAGGUCCUGCUGGUAAUUCACAGGUUGCUACUCCAAGACUCGUCAGUGAUGGAUUCGAGCUUCGACGACGAGUUAAUGCUGGCUAGCAGGAGGAUGCUCAGCUCCUCAAGCUUCAAGGACGAAUCGAAGGAUCCUCUGGCGCAGCUGUGCAGCUCCUUUGUCCGGAACUAUGCUCUCUACAUCGACGAGUGGCUCGACUGCUUUGUUCUGGGGGCCGCAUCGCAGGAUAGUUCCCUUGGCCAGGCUGCGGGGAAUAUAGUCGUGGACUUCAAUGAUUAUAGAGUGGACUACACGACGUACAAGCAGGACGAGCUCGUCCAGCAGCACCAGAAGAGCCAGAGCUCGGUGUCUGAGACCGACGCAGGGAUUGGAAUGCUGCUCAAGCGAGUUCCUGUGCUCCAACAUCUGCUCGAGCACGUCCUUGGCUGCUCGUCGGGCGUGGAAGUCCGCCAUCCUCUGGUGAGGUCGGCUCUCACUUUGAUCCUGCGAGACAGCUUCCGGGUCUACGCUCACGUCUGCGAUGGCACAAGCACGCUGCUAAACGAGUUCUUCCUCAUGGUUCACAAGGAUGGUCUCAAAACUUUCGCGAUUUACAGCCGGCUCGGGAAGCAGGCUGACGCUCUGGGAGAGUUGUAUGAGAACUGCCGGGAGAUGGGAAUGUGCUCCGGAUCGGAGUACCCGUCCGUCCAGAAGGUUUCUCGCGAGCAUCUGGUCCUACUCGAGGACUACUUGAAGGACGCCACCCGCAGGAACACCGACCAAGUUGAUACGGCGAGCAGCGACGGGAAAACAAGCGAAGAAGUUGACGAGAUAGCUCCAAUUGUUCUCGACGGGAAGCCGAAGCAGGACGUGGAUCUGAUCAGCUUGGAGCAGCAGCAGCAGCAACAGCAGCCUCUUUUCUCGACGGCUUCCGAGACCGAGAGCUCGUGGGAAACUUUUGCAUCGAGCUCGGAAGAGGGUGGAACUCGAGCAAACCAGAAAAGUUCUCCAGCCAGCAGCAGCAGCCCGGGAAAUCUCAAGAGUUCUCCGAAAGCUUCACCAGGAGACGAUUCAUCAAACGACACGGAUGGAAAGUCUCUAGCAGCAACAGCAGCAGCAGCAGCAGUAGACAAUCCAGCCGCGGGAAAUCUCAAGACCAACAACUGUGAAUCAUCCGACUGGGAAGUAGCGCUCAUGGACGAAGCCAAGAAGCUCUCGAGCUCUCUCUCCACGGCUUCCAGAGGGAGGAGCACGAGUUUUAGCCUGAGCGAGUGGCAGCCGGGGAACACUUCGAGGAGCUCAAGCGCUCGCGGCAGGCCGCAGCGAAGCAGGAUUCCUCUUCUCUCCAUGUCGGCGUUGCCCGCGCCGUUCGAGCUUGGAUCACAGUCGUCGUCCUCGUUCUCCACCGCCAACGAAGAUCUCUUUGGAUCGAAGAAGCGAUUCCAGCAGCAUCAGAGGAUUGGAAUUGGGAGCCCCGGAUCGUAUGGAAAGCUCAUGAACAAGCAUCCACAGGGAUACAAGCACUUGCUCGCUCGCUAAAGAGAUAAUGUUUCGAAUUUGAAUUUGAAUUAAAAUUCAAAACCAUGGUACGAAUCUUAGAAAGCAGCUGAUCAAAUAUGAUGAUAUCUCUUUGUUCUCCUCUUUUC